AUGAUCGGAUCAGCCUUUGUAGCUUCAAAUGAUGGAAGUGGAAUAUUGAAUGUAACAUUUGUAUUAGCCAAUGGAGUCGUUAAUGUUGCCAACUAUUACAUUCUCGAAACCGACUACAUUAGCUACUCCUUGGUGUAUAGUUGCCGAAACCUCCCUGAUGGAAAUAGACAAGUAAGCAGCUGGAAGCUUAGCAGAACUCGGACCCUCAGCAACCAGGCAAAUAACAUAAUGAACAACAUCAUAAGUAAUACACGAGGUCUACUAGAAGAAUAUUACAUAACCAGUGACCAAUCUGACGAAACCUGCUUCUACGUACCUGAAGUUAUCCCUGACCAAGCACCAGUGUUUAGAGGACAAUGUGAAGACAUUACAGGUGUCCAAGGUUUCGAUAUUCAGAAGGUAUGUAUAAGUAACUAUAAACCAAUACAUGAGAAUAUGUAUUGGUUUAUAGUUAAUAUCAUAAUAAUCUAUGAGACGGUAUUUGGGACUAAAAAGGCAAACAUGUAA